AUGUUCCUACGAGCGGUGCGCCCAGUCGCACUCGGUGCUCGAUCUAUCGCUAACGUGCCCGGCCGCCGUCAUGCAUCAACACAAGGCUCGCCUCUCACGCUCAACACAGAAGUGACCGGAGGCGGCGCCCAGCAGAAGAGCCCUUUCUUCGAAGAGCGAGAGCACAUCCAUGAGCAUGCCAGGGGCGCUGCGGACCUCUGGCGCAAGAUCAGCCUGUAUGUCGCUAUACCUGCUGCAGUGAUUGCCUAUCUCAACGUUCGCAACCUCGAGCAAGAGCAUCAUGAACACCUCGAACACAUCAAAGAGGAGAACGGUGGGGAACUGCCCGAGCGAGUGGUCUAUGACUUCAACAACAUCCGCAAGAAAGAGUUCCCAUGGGGUCGCGAAUCGCUCUUCUUCAAUCCAAAGACCAACAUCAGCGCGGCCGAGGGUGAGGACGAGUGA